GCGUGUGCAAGUCUGUCAGCGUAACAUCUGUGCGUACGCGGUCGUGAUUGUUGUGAAGAUGGCGGAGGGGGAGACAGAGAAGGAAUAUGAUACACGGAAAGCUAUCGAGGAGCUCCGAGAGCGGUUCCAAGCGUUGACCACAGCUUUGAAAGAAAGUUCUCAGUCUCCGUUGGAAGCCUCCUUGCAUUUCUGCCAGGAGUUUUGCCAGGUCUUGGUGGAACAUGCCAGUCGUUGGAAAACAGAUGAAGAUCCACUGCCCUUGCUGGAGGUUUACACCGUGGCCAUCCUCAGCUUUGCUAAGGCUGCCUCCUGUCUCUCCUCCGAAUGUGAAAACGUGCCACUCCUACUUGAAAAGUUGUCACUGAGCUGUGCAGAGCUGCUGCUCUUAUUGCCCCAGCAUGUCCCUGGUGCCUUAUGGGAGGAGUUCCAGUCCUCCAUGAAGUUGGCACACGGCCUUUUGCAAGAAAGUGGGAGCACACAGCUCUGCCUGCUCUCAGUACUGGCACAGCAGGACGGCGUCUGGGCCAACACCACAUUAAGCAGCAUCCUGUCCAAUCAAAUUCCUCAAACUGAGCAAGUCCAUGAAUUUCUUGAGCUCGAAGGUCCCACGCUUCUCAACAUGCGUAUAAAACAUCUUAUCAAAGUGGACAGUAUUGAUAAAGCAGCUGUCCUUGCAAAGAUGUGCUCAGAGUAUCCGGGAUAUGAAGGAAAAGGGAACUUCAAACAGACCUAUUUGCUUUGCAUUUGUAUGACAAAAAGUCAGGAACAGCUAAUGGAAGAGAUUGCAUCAAUAGACUGUAAGGAUGCCCUUGAAAUGAUCUGCAACCUGGAGUCUGAGGGAGAUGAGAAAGGAGCUCUCUGCAUGUGUACUUCCUUUCUCAAAAGACAGCUUCUUCAAGGAGAUGUUUACUGUGCCUGGGAACUGACUUUGUUCUGGAGUAAACUGCUCAUGCGAUUAGAGUCGUCUGCUGAUUCCUUUCUGAGCCGCAGCAAAGAAAUGGCUCUUCUCUGCAGAAGUGUCUGUCACAUUCUGUUUCUCAUCAAAGUAAUCCAAAACGAGGUUGGGGAGGUGGGGCUUCCAGUGUGCGUAGAAAUGUGCAUUCAAGCUCUGAAAAUGACCUCCAGUGACCAUAAAGAUAGCAAGUCUACCAUCUGCAAGACUAUUUCCUGCCUCUUGCCAACUGAUCUAGAAGUUAAGCGUGCAUGCCAGCUCACAGAGUUCCUACUCCAGCCUACGGUUGACUCAUAUUAUGCUGUGGAAUCACUGUACAAUGAACCUGACCAAAAACCUGAGGAGGACGGGAGUCUACCAGUGCCCAAUUCUUUACGCUGCGAGUUACUGCUGGCCUUGAAGACACAGUGGCCUUUUGAUCCGGAGUUCUGGGACUGGAAAACAUUGAAACGCAACUGCUUGGCACUGAUGGGCGAGGAGGCAGCUAUUGUGUCUUCUAUUGACACACUCAAUGACACAGAUGAACAGGAGGUGGAAAGUGCACUUGGCAAACUCCCUGAAUACAAAGACCUGGAGGAUUUCCUGCUAACCACUACAAAUGAACUCAAUGAAAUCACAGAUGAAAGAGAAAAAAACAGAGAGGCUAAAAAACUGCGGGAGCAGGGUUUUGUGUCUGCCCGAUUCAGAAAUUGGCGAGCUUACAUGCAGUAUUGUGUUUUGUGUGACAAGGAGUUCUUAGGUCACAGAAUUGUUCGUCACGCUCAGAAGCAUUUCAAAGACGGAAUGUAUCUUUGUCCAAUAUGCGCUGACAGUUUUGAAACUAGGGAGAUUUUAGAACCACACGUAGCAACGCAUGUAAAGCAAUCUUGCAAAGAGAGAUUAGCUGCAAUGAAAGCUGCAAGAAAAGUAACCAAACCACCUCAGUCCCCUAAAAGUCCAUCAAAAAUUUCAAAAGUUGCUGCCAAGACAAACACUAGUCCUGUUAAAAUUGAAUCUCAAAUUGGACAACAGCUGGGACCCCCUGUUAAGAUAGAACAAACUACAUCUGACACACAGAUAAGCCAAGACUGUUUCUGCCCUGUGAAAAACUGCACUAAAGCUUUCAAGUUUUUCCGUAACCUCAUGGCUCAUGUCAGAUCUCACAAGAAUGACGAAGAGGCCAUGAGGUUUUUAGAAAUACAAAAGCAGAAAGUGGUUUGCCAGUACUGCAGGAGGCAGUUUGUUAAUGUCAGACACCUCAAUGAUCACCUGCAGAUGCACUGUGGCACCCGACCAUAUAUCUGCAUACAGCUGAAUUGCAAGGCCAGCUUUAAUUCGAAUUCGGAGCUCCUCAUGCAUAGAAAAAUACACCCAGAAUUUAAGGCCCAGUGCAUGUUUCCAAACUGUGGCGAAGUUUUCAGCGAGGCCUACCUGCUGUAUGAUCAUGAGGCUCAGCAUUACCUUACCUACACCUGCCAAACGGACAACUGUGGAAAAAUCUUCUACUCACAGUCUCAGUUCUUGUCUCACCAAGAGAAUCACAACAGUGAUGCAGCGAACAGUUUUAACGUCGCAAAUCAGCUCCCCCCAUCCGAUGCAAAAGUGCAGCCACCACCACCACCAGAGAGCACCCCAAGCCAACAAGACACAUGUUCUGCUGCUGUAUGCUUUGAAGGGAUUAAUACAGAUAUACAUAUGAAGGAAGCAUCAGAUGCCAGUGCAUCACCAUGCACAUCGCCAGCCCCCGGUCCCCUGAAAGUGAAACACUCAGUCGAAAAUAUGCUGAAUUCAAUUGGACAUCCUGAAAUAAAAGAACCAGAGAAAUGCUACACUCCACUGACCAAUCCCACUCCAGCACCAGUUGAUGCCACUCAACCACCACAAGCUCCACAUGCCCACCAAAAUGUGGCUGUGCAAGGUACUGUUCCUCCAGUGUAUCCUGUCCCAAAUAAUACAGAUCCUUUGCCAGGUCAACAGGAAGUAACUGUCAGUGGGACUAAUAAUGUACCAGGCAAUGAGUUUCAGAAAGCAACUCCACAAAUAAUUUCUGCUGCUCAAAUCAAGACAGAAAUUCCUUGUUCGCUUCAAGGAUAUCCUACUAGCACACCUGCAGCUACUGCUGGAAGUGAAGAGAACCUGCAUUGCUGCCCAUUUAAUGAUUGCACAAGGGCAUACAGUACAAACAAAAGUUUGUCUAGGCAUGUGAAGAAGCAACACCCUGAGAUAUUCGAAGAUUGGAAAUUGGCAAAAAAAUAUAACAAAGUGGCCAAAAUUACUGCAAAAAAGACACCCAGUGGACCAGCGUCACAAAGUCAACCUCAGAACCCAGGUGCCAAGCCUCCAAACCAGCCAGGAAUACUAUGCAACAAACCUGGGAUGCAGCAGAUGGAUUACCUAAUGGGAUGCUCAAGCUCUCCUGCCCAGUGUUACCCUGGAUCGAUGGAGCCUGUGCCUAUCACUCCAAUGAUAAACCCCACGGUGUACCCAUCCUGGGGAAGCCCAAACAAUUCCAGCGGAAUGAUGCAGUCAGACAUGUCUCAGUCUUGGUCUUCACCUCCUAUGAAUAACUGCUAUCCAGAUGCCUUUAACAUGAACGAGUACCCAGCCCGCAACUAUCCUCACUGGCAGGCAGACCCCUAUCAAGCCACAUCGUCUCUCCCAUCUGAUAGAGAUCACUCAGUAGCAGCUAUGCACGCUCCCACUAUGUCAAACGCUCCUUCAGAUUCAAGUUUAAUGUCUCAGUAUGUGUCCAGUUCUCUGAUGCUUGACAAUGGAGGCCAAAUGCAUAAUGGAGGACAUCAGUAUGGACUCAUGCAUCCUGAGGGUACAGGGGACAAUGUAGAUGUGAGAAAAAGCAAUGCAAGUAUGACAGGACAGCUGGAUAAUGGAAACAGUAUCUCAACUAUUGACAGCCUCCCUGACGGAAGCUACCACACACCAUAUGCUCAGAGUGAAAACUCUUGUCUCACUCAAUGCUCAUCAGUUGAUAUUCCAAUGAAAUGUUUAACCCCAGAGGCUCCAGCGCCAAUAAAAUCUACAAGUGAAAUAACUGAACCGGAGAGUAUGGCACCUCACGGUUAUGAUCAGAUAGACAACUCUGUGGAUGGCAUGCUCAGCCCACACGGCAUCAUUCACACUGAUUUCCCUUAUGAUGAGGACUGUGCCAAUGCCGACUGUGAGACAAACCCCUCAGAUGAAAAGGCAAGUGAACCAGAUGUGCAGAAAGGAAAACGCAGCAGGCUGAGCAAGCGUACCAAAUGGCCCGCAAUCAUCAAGGAUGGCAAGGUCAUCUGCAGGAGAUGUUUUAGAGAGUUUACAAGCACCAAAUCUCUUGGUGGUCACCUGUCUAAACGCUCACAGUGCAGACCUUUAGAUGAAAUCGACCUGACAGCUGAUCUCCCGACAUCAUUUCUUGAUUUCCUCAAUGACCCUCAUGUCCCUGACACUAAUGGAGCAAUAUACAACAUGCCAAAUGGUGACUUCUCACAGGAAUCUUGUAGCUUGACCACUUUGACCUCGCCCGUGGUGUUGAAACAGGAGCCCCAGAAUACGAAUAUCAUGGACUAUCCAAACUCCUUCUCAGUUUCCACUGAAAUCCAGCAAGAGAAGGCAGUAGAUUUGGCUAAUCCAGCUCUUGAUGUACCUUAUCAGGAGGAUCACCUGAUGGAAAUGUCACAUGCCUUUCAAAGGUUGGAUUUGAUCGAGGCUGCUCAAGAGAAGAUGCGGAGUGCAAUGUCCUCAGAGCAAAGUGUUAGUCAUUGUGAUCCAGCCCCUGUUAUCGAAAAAAGCAAAACACUGAGUAAAAGUGACGACAAGCCCACUGAAAAGAUACCUAAACCUUUCAAAUGUGACCAGGAGGAUUGUGAGUACUCGUUCAUGACAAAGGAAGCAUUAUUCAAACACUUGAGUAAAAUGCACGAUUAUACUAAUGAGAUGAUAGACGAACUAAAAAGAACGCCAUCCAAACUGUCUCCAUAUCCUUGUCAGAUCUGUCCAAAAACAUUUACAAGAACGACAGGGUUGAGAAUUCACUAUGAAAAAGUCCAUCGAUUGUCAAAGGCAGAAAUGCAGAAGCUUAGAAUUAGUGCUAGAAAUAGACGUGCAUUUAGACUUAACAAAGCUGAUGCAGUUAUUAAACGUCCAAACACCGAUGUCAGUAGCAGCCAGAUAGCAAAGUCUGCACCUGUAACUCCUGCUAUAAAACAGGAACCACUUGAUGUUGCAAUUGCACCUCAACCAGACGCUGCCAACAAUCUAGACGUUCCUCAGAUCACUCCAGAAGACGUGUCAAAGCAAAGCGUGACCUCUGAGGUAUUGACUGUUACACGACUACCAUCACCUCAAAACUACUUGACUGACAGGCCGUUUGAGGAAGUGGCACAACCUGCUCCUGAAAAAGCUCCAGAGGAACCUAAAGUGGCUGUUAUUAACAACAGUCCAGAAAUGACACUGAAAUCCAGUUUGAAAGAGAAACUCAGUCCCGUUGGCAAAGCAAAAGUGCCGCAAGGAAAAUUAGCCGUGAGCCCGAGCAAAGUGAAACAGCUAAAGUCUCCGCCUUCAUCUCCUUCAUCGUCUCCUGAAAAACCCAGCAGCUCCAAAAGCACACCAACAAAGGAGGAGAAAAAGGAGAAACUUCAGAAGAGGUUAAGCCUCAAAAUGUUUGACGCAGACAAUGCCUACAGUCCGUACAGACCUUAUCGCUGUGUUCAUGAGGGAUGCACUGCAGCAUUCACCAUCCAGCACAAUUUGAUACUCCAUUACAAGGCCAUGCAUCAGGCAUCCCUGCCCCCUAACAAAACUGAAGGUGAAACUGAAGCUGAAAAGACCAGCGUUAAUACCGGACAGGAGAGCGAUCAGACCAUAGAAAAAGAUAAUGAAGUCAGGUGUCAAGUGAAAAAUUGCUCAAGGGUGUUCAUGGGAAUCACACGGCUGGUGCAACAUUACCUCUUACUACACAAGUUCACCCGUGACAAAGCCACCGCCAUGAUGGCCAGUAUGAGCAUAGGAACUUUUAACUGUGACCGGCCAGAGUGUGCUCUCCCCUUCAGCUCUGUGGAAAAAUACAUUGAGCACAUUAAGAAUUACCACAAGGAAAUCGCCAUUUCUGAGAGCGGCUCCGUUGAUCCAACUUUCCGGUGCGAGUACGAUGGAUGUGACCGAGUGUACACUACAAAGUCAAACCUGCUCCGUCACCUCAUCAAAAAGCACGACUAUAUUUAUGACCCCAAAAUAAGUGAUGGAAGAAGGACUAAAUCGGUAGGGCUCUUCCCAGGGGUUAACAAUGGCAAAGAGAACGUAGAAAGCAAAUUCAGAGUGAAAAAGAAAAACACUAAAAAGAAAGAUGGAAAGUCCAUUGAACACUGGACUAGUUUUGGAAAGCCUACACUAAAAUCUCACGAAGAAGCAUCGGCCAUGUGCACCAAGAAGUCCUCGCUGCAGUACCCAUGCAUGAUCAUAGGUUGCGAUGCAGUGGAGUCUGCUGAAAGAAAUAUAUUUAAGCAUUACACCACACAUGGCCUCACAGAGAGAUACAUUGAAGAUCAGAGGAGCCAGUUCAUUUUCUGCAAAAAAUACUCACGCGCCAGAUGCAAAGAUGCAAACAAAGCAGAGGGCACGUCAGCUUCAUCUUCUGAGGACAUGGAGCCAGAAGAAGUUGAAAAGCCCAGUGACCAGAAAAUUGAUGAAUCGGUAGAAAAAAUAGUCCAAGAGGACAGCAAGCUGUCCAACGACGAUAGUGCAGAAUCUCAAGCUUCCACUGGGACAGAAGGAGGAAUUAAAAGAGGCCGUCCCAGAAAACCUGCACAUCCCACACCAGCUUGUCCGGAGAGGAUACAAACCCUUAGGAACCGCACGACUGUUAACAGUUCAAGAGAGAACUCAAAUCCUGGUACCCCUGCAGCCCAAGAACAACGUGAUGACGGGGUUAUGUCAGCGUCUUUCAAGCCGUUAGGACUUGAGGACUCCUUUCUUAAGUUCUUGGAAACCUCAGAGUCGACCAACUCUUCCAAACGCAAAUUAAAUGAUAAAUCUAGUGCUGAACUGCCUUCCAAAAGACAACACACUAACAAACAGAAAUCUGCAACCAAAAGUAAAGCAGCUGAUGAAUUGAAAGGUUGUGAGAGUCUUGUAGACUUCAGAAACCCCCUCAAUCUCCAAUCAGUGAGUAAUGUUAAGAUAGUCAUGGAUAAAACAUUAUCAGAUGGCGCUGAUCUUUUGCUAAAGCAGCUACAAGACAUGCGGCCCAUAGUCAUAAUAAAAAAGUGGAUUUAUAGCGGAUCAUAACCCGAUAUUUUUUGUUUUCAGCUCAGUCUUACUCAGGAUUUGAGAAGUUAUGCUGCAGAAUGGUUUGUUAAUGCAUCAAAUUUCCAACUGUUAACAGUCAUGGUCACACUUAAUGAAAAAAAAAGGCCUAUUUUGUACCUAAUGAAAUAACGUCUCGGAUGAUUUUAAGUAUGUAUGUUAGUUAUAAUAACCAGGUAAUCUAUAGGGCAUAGAUUUUAGAAACAUGUUUGUAUUUAUGCUUAGUACUGAAGAUGUUUUUUUUUCUUUUGCUAAAUGGAGACUUUUAAAGAAAACUAUGUUUUUAUAUAUCCCUAUGGGAUUUCAAGUUCUGUUUGUAUUUAUUUCAUCCUUUUACAACACUAGUAGACCUAUCUGUAAUAUUUACAUGUCUUCCACAAAGUGUUCAAUAAAAUGUUACUGGUUCUUUUUAUAACAUA